GCUCGUCCUGGAGCUGAUAAGGCACCUGAGGGACUCGUCCUGGAGCUGAUAAGGCACCUUAAGGUUUCUUAUGUUUCUCACGUCACCACAGGACUGUUUUGGAAAAACAAACCACGGCUCUUGAAAGGAAGAGUGAUCACGCACGAAAACAUUAUGAGGAGCUUUGGAAACAACAAAGAAAGCUGCAAUGCAGCUGGAAGGAAAGGGUGCUGGACUUAUAUAAACAAAGUUUAGCAGGAAGGCAGCAAGCAAACAACGCACUCAUGGCUGAGGGAAACUUUGCAAGAGCAGUGCGCGGGGAGGCGAAUCAGGGCCCGGAGCUUGUCAAAGUUCCCAGGCCCGGAGCAGCCGAGCCCGGGAGUGUGGUGGUGCGCAUCACUGCCAGGCCCAUCCAUCCCUUCGAUCUCACGACCAUCAAGCAGUCUUUCUCCAUUGGGAUCUUUGACAAGGAGUUUGUUCCAGGGAUUGAAGGCUUUGGCAUAGUUAAAGAGGUGGGAGAAGGUGUACGGCGUGUGAAGAAAGGGGAUAGAGUGGUUCCUAUAUUUCUGUGGAACUAUUUCUAUGCCAAACAAGGCUCUUGGCAGGAUUUUAUCACUGUCUCGGAGAAAGACGUGAUUUUGAUGCCUCAUGACAUCUCCGACGAGGAUGCGGCACAGUUGAUUAUCAAUCCUUGGACGGGCUAUGGUCUUCUCAAGGAUAUCAAUGCUCCGGAAGGAAGCUACGUCCUCCAGAAUGGCGCUGGAUCGGCGCUUGGAAGGAUCAUUAUCAAGCUUGCAAAGCACUGGGGCAUCAAGACCAUCAACCUUGUGAGGCGUGACGAAAUCAAGGAAGAGCUCAAGAGCAUCGGUGCUGACGAAGUUUUCAACGUGACAAAAGAAGAUGUUGCUGCCAAAGUAAAAGAACUUACAAAUGGAGCCGGAGUGGAAGGCGCGAUUGACAUGGUAGCGGGGUCGCAAACAAAGCUGGCUGCCGCCUGCGUGAAAUCCGGUGGGAAAGUCUUUACUAUCGGCAACCUCGAAUCAUGGGACUCGGUGAUAUCGGUGAACGAUCUCGCGAGAAAAAUUUCCCAUUCUUUCUGGAGCUUGGCAGCUGCUUCAGGGGCCAUGCAAGAGCUGAUGGCCAAAGAGAUCCCAGAACUCUUCCAGGCAAAGAUCAUAGGAUCGCUUCCAGUGGUGGCUAAAUUUCCUCUCGAGGACUACGAGACUGCCAUGGAACAGGCAGAGAAGCAGGCCAGACAAGGCAAAGUCCUCCUUGUUGGAUGACGAAGCUUUGAAAUUGUCGCGUCCCGCGAGACUUUCUCCCACUAUAGACUGAAGAAGAUUUCUUACUUAUACUUCUAUCUUGGAUCGAUCACCGACAGUGACAGUGGAGGAAGAAAGCUCGGACUAUUCUCGCUCAGCACUUCCUCCGACACUGGCGUUGGAAACGGCGGCACAGCCACCUCCAAGUCGGGCUCCUCCAGCAUUUGCACCACCCGGCUCAUGCUCGGCCUGGAGCAUGCACCAAAACGCCACCUUGAUCAUCCGCUCGAACUCGUUCCACUCCAAGUUUUUAAGCCCCGGGUCCGCGGUCGCCGACCCACUCGGGUGCCAUGUAGCAUCGAGUUCCUCGGAUGGUGGUCACGUCGAGCUUUGUCAAUUAGCUUGGCCAGGCCAAAGUCCGACACCUUUGGACAGAAGUUCUCGUCGAGGAGAAUUUUUUGCGGCUUGAUGUCGCAGUGGAGGAUGCAAUCGUAGCACUCCUCGUGCAAGUACGUGAUGCGCUUUGCAACACCAAGAGCAAUCGAGUACCUGCAAACCAACUUAGUAGACAAACUUUGGAAAGAUCACGAA